CUUCAGUAAACACCUACUUUCGAAAUCCGUCGCUAUUUUAUCGAUAUAUAUAUGAGGUUUAAAUGGCGGAUAAGUGCAAUUGAUUUGGGUCUUGUGAAAACCAGAUUUCUUCUUCCACACACUCCAAACACCAAACUUCGAACAAACAAUGUGCUGACUAAACGCUGGAGAAACUUUAUUAGUUUCAAAAAUUACGUGUUCGGGAUAAUGGCACGUACGUUAAGGUUCGAAGAUCAUAGGAUUCAUCUUUUCAUUCUGAAAAACGAUGAUAAUGAAGAAGUAGAAAGAUGGAUUAAUGAACUUAUUCAAACUCUAAAAACAAAAAAUAUCGUAUGUAUAAAGGAGGGAAACUAUGAAAAAGUCGGAGAAAAUGUGUACGCUUCUUUAGAACGUGCAAUGCUGUCGGCUGAAAAUGUUAUGGUUGUUCUGUCAGAUGGAUUUGUAAGUAGCAAAUAUCUUAUGUUCAGAUUUCAACUUGCUCUUCAAAAUUGCUUGGAAAGACAAAUACCUUUCUUGCCUGUGAUCAGCAUAAAUUUUCUGGAACCACCGCUUGAAUUAACAACAACAGUAUGCCUGAAAGUAGACUUUUCCGAAAAAUUAAGACAGACUGAUGUUAAAAAAAUUGAACAGGCACUGAAUUUAGCAGACAAAAGACCCACCACUUUUUCCGACUUAGAGAACGUUAUGCUGAUUUUUGAUGAAAAAAUUAGAGCAGGAUCACCUGCAGAGCUUUUCCAGUUAUCUUCAUUACCAGAAUUUAAAGAAUUGCUAUCAUUUCUCAAUGACAUCAACAAUAGAUAUAAUGGUCAAGACAAAGAAGAAAACGACGGACAUAGAAAAAGAAUAAUAGUCAAAAGAUCAAAAUCGGACGCAUCAGUCAUUAAGUCAGUAAAAGGACGCAAACCGAGAAUACAUAAAGUGUCGAAAAGCAACUCGUUCAAUUACCAAAAGAAACAAUUUACUCUAUAUCCAUGUGAUAGCCUGGUGUUAACAAAAGUUAACUCUGGCUAAGGGUUUAAUCAUGAUGUUUAUUCAUGAAAAUCACAAAGGAACUAUUAAAGUUCAAACCCUGUCAUACGGAUAACAUAUGUUACCAUAAAUAAAUAAUUAUAAAUUUAUCAAAUAAAUUAUUAAAUAAAUCAAACUAUUAUUUACUUAAGUACCAUGGAAUAUCAUAUCAUAUCAUUACAUAUUUUAUGUAAUAAAUUCAA